UUAUGGAUCAGAAUUGGUGCUCCGUCAGUUCGUGCUCAUCCAUGAGCCUCCGUCGACUGCAACGCAUCAAGCACCAGAGCGAGACGGGAGCCUGCCCCUGGUGCGGUGGUUCACCUGGCUGGUUGCCCGCCCAGGCGCCGCACGGUCACUGCUGAUCCAUGGAAGAGGAGGCGGGGCACAAGCGCCCGCCGUGGCGCCGCACGGUGGCCGUGCAGGCCGCGCUCUGCCUCGCGCUCUACGCGGCCUUUAGCCUCGGCGAGCCGCAGCUCUUCCCGCGGGGCGGGGGCGGGGUGGGCGCGCUCGGGCGAGGCGCGCGCGGCGGAGGCGUCGCCUUCCUCAGCGUCGCCGGCGGAGCGCGGGCGCCCGCCGAGCAGGCCCGGCUCCUGAGCCAGAUGGAGACUGUAUCAAAGAUUUAUGAAGUCAAUUUCGUGUUGGAUGUUGCUCGAUUUGGAGAUGACGACCCACUUUGGCAAAAUGGUUCUUUGUACUUCCAAGCUCUGAAUAUCCCCUGGUAUCCCACCACAUCGUCACAUGAGCGGAUAGUUGGUAACUUUUUGAAGAAGGUUAACAUGCCAUACGGUCAGGCUCUAGAUAUUAUUGGUCUGGACACAGGGCCUCUACAGGAACCUCUACAUGAUCGCAAAAUAAGCGCUUCUUACAGGGAACAAACUAAAUGGUUGGAGCAAUCACUAGCGCUGAGUGGCGGUAAUUGGAAAAUAGUAGUUGGAUGUGAUCCAUUAGUUGUUUGCAAUGAGGCAGAAACACCAGAAACAACUAAGUUCUACGCACCAUUUCAGCGUAUUUUUGCAAAAUAUGAAGUGAACGCAUACCUAAGCACGGGUGGGUUUUGUGGGUACUACCACCGAGACAACUCAAUAUUGUACAUUGGAAAUCCCAGUCCUGGUGGUGACCAAACAAGUGUGGAUGGUUUCUUGUUGCACAGAGUUAGCCCCCUAGAGAUGGAGUCAAUGCUGAUAAAUGUAGAAGGCGAGGUGGUUCAGAGAUUUGUAGUUCACCAGCAUGGAAGAGGAUCCGUGUAAAUUUCAACCUCUCAGUUUCUGUUCCAUAACGCCAACAUGCCGAGUCUGUUUUCAGCAUUGCUGAAUCGAAUCUUCUCAACAGAACAAAAACCACAUACUUCCCAUCUUAAAGACAAAUAAUCGUUUGUUUCUUCCUUGGAAUGUUUGUAGAAGUACAGGUGCAGUAAAUAUUAUUUGCCACUAGCCCAUUACUGUAUCUGUUGAUACCAUAUUAGUUGAUCUCCCAGAGGUGAAAGUGAUACUGUGGGUGCGACAGCAGCUUCUCCGAU